GAAAAAGAAAAACAAAAAGAAUCACGCGAACGAAACGAGUGGAAACAGCUAGCCGACCACACUCUGCUCUUUGCCGGAAAGAAAAUUCGAUUUUCAUUUCCCCAAAAAGCGUGACUCAGUGCGUUUUUCGUUGUUGUGUGCUUGUAGCGGAGAAAAUCGUUCAAGAUGAUGUCCUUACCGGGAACGUUUGCCUGUGACGAAUAUGGGCGUCCGUUUAUCGUGCUCCGUGAUCAGGAGAACCAGAAGCGAUUGACCGGCAACGAAGCCAUUAAGAGUCACAUCUUGGCAGCGAAGCAGAUUGCUUCCAUCAUUCGUUCAUCGCUCGGCCCAAAGGGUUUGGACAAGAUGAUGGUCAGUGGCGACGGUGAGGUCAUGGUUACGAAUGAUGGAGCCACCAUCAUGAAGGAGAUGGAUGUGGACCAUGAAAUUGGUAAGCUGAUGGUGCAGCUCAGUCAAUCACAAGACGAUGAAAUCGGUGAUGGUACGACGGGCGUCGUCGUGCUGGCUGGCGCUCUGCUCGAACAAGCCGAAUCGCUGCUCGAUCGGGGCAUUCAUCCGAUUCGUAUUGCGGAUGGGUUCGAGUUAGCCGCACAGUGCGCGCUGAAGCAUCUGGACACGAUCGCGCAACCCUUCCCGAUAUCGCAUGAUAACAAAGAUCCGCUGAUUCGUGUCGCCAUGACUACGCUCGGCAGCAAGAUCGUGAACAAGUGUCAUCGGCAGAUGGCGGAAAUUGCGGUCGAUGCCGUGCUGACUGUGGCCGAUCUCGAGAAGAAGGACGUGAAUUUUGAGCUGAUCAAGCUGGAGUGUAAGGUGGGCGGAAGGAUGGAGGACACCUGUCUGGUGAAAGGUGUGGUGGUGGACAAAACGAUGAGCCACACGCAGAUGCCGACCGUGCUGAAAGACGUGAAGCUGGCGAUUCUCACCUGCCCGUUCGAGCCACCGAAGCCCAAGACCAAGCAUAAGCUCGAUGUGACGUCGGUGGACGAUUACCGCAAGUUGCGCGAGUACGAGCAGGAAAAAUUCCUCGAGAUGGUAAAGCAGGUGAAGGAUGCGGGUGCUACGUUAGCCAUCUGCCAGUGGGGCUUCGAUGACGAGGCGAACCAUUUGUUGCUGCAGCAGCAAUUGCCCGCGGUCCGUUGGGUCGGUGGACCGGAAAUCGAGCUGAUUGCCAUCGCCACCGGUGGAAGGAUUGUGCCGCGUUUUGAGGAGCUAACGCCAGACAAACUCGGAACGGCGGGUGUUGUGCGGGAGCUCAGCUUCGGCACGACCAAGAACAAGAUGCUGGUGAUUGAGGAUUGUAAGAAUACGCGCGCCGUUACGAUUUUGAUCCGUGGUGGUAAUCGCAUGAUUACGGAAGAAGCGAAGCGAUCCAUCCACGAUGCGCUCUGUGUGGUCCGUUCGUUGAUUCGUGAUUCGCGUAUCGUAUACGGUGGUGGUGCAGCCGAAAUUAGCUGCUCCCUUGCGGUGGCUCGUGAAGCCGAUCAGCUGUCCACUCUGGAGCAGUAUGCGUUCCGUUCGUUUAGUGUCGCGCUCGAGUCGAUCCCAUUGGCUCUGGCAGAGAACAGUGGCCUUUCACCGAUUGAAACGCUGGCCGAGCUGAAGGCACGCCAGGGAACGGAGAACAGCUCCACGUUCGGUGUGGACUGCAUGUUGACGGGCAACUCCGACAUGAAGGAUCAUCACGUGAUCGAAUCACUGUACUCGAAGAAACAGCAGAUCGUACUCGCCACCCAGCUUGUUAAGAUGAUUCUGAAGAUCGAUGAUGUGCGAACCCCGGCUGAUCGUUAAGUUCGAAGGCAGGAAGAGACAAUUCCUUUUAUGUAUUCGCACGUAACGCGCACGCAUCUAUGCAACGUAUGAUAGGUUCUUUCAUUCACUAACAUAAACCAUUCGAGAGCUCAGAGAACAAGCAUUCUUUUCGAUUUCCUUUAAGUUUACCUCAUCUUGCAUUCGUUACAUUUCGUUCUGAGAUGAAGCAGUGCAAUGUACUCUCGCAUGGUCAAAUCACACACAUACACCCGCACCCGCAAAGGAUUUAAAAAACGGUCGCCGUCGAUCGGAUUGAUGAAACGACUUAACACUUAAGCGCUUUCUUUAAUGCUCGUUUAAACAAUAAACGGAAAUGUUUCCAUACCAA